GCGUGUAGCCUGCGAAUUGGUGCUUCCACUGAAAAGCCACUGAUUCAACGAUCACAACCGAAACCGGCUGUGUGGGCAACCACACCUUGACUGCGUAGGGUAUUGCGAUUAUUCACUCGUAAUCCAACCAAGACUACUGCGGCGCGAGGACCUCAAUCAUGAGCCUUCAAAUGCAUCUGCUGGAAUAAUAUUUGCGUCUGCUACCUGUUCCAUCGAGGAAAGUUCGGUGUUGAGCGAGAGAUUUUACGUUUUCGGUUAUUCAUGUUAUUGGAGCUGCAACAGUACCCUGUAACAGGCUUAAGAGUAUCAUCAUCCUCGAAAGCAGUUCAUUUGAGCAUACUUCUAGCCUACGGAAAAGGACACUCGUUAAGAUUUUGACCAUUUUUUAAUUAUCAAGUCUAAGGUCGUGAUAUUAUUCAUCUGUUCUAUCAAAGAGGGAGAGGAUGGGGACGCGGCGUGUGUAGAAUUGAUAAAAACAAAGAAGGACACCCUAAUACAACUGAGGAACAUCUAUAAGAUAGGAAUGCCCCAAACGGUGUGCUCCAGCACUAUGUUUGCUCCCAGUGGCGUGGGCCCCCCUUUGGCCUCCGGUGAGGAUCCCCCUCAGGAGGGCCCGGGCCCCGAGACUGGAUUUGGCGAGAGUCCCCCCUUCUCCUCGGCCUCCCUGGACACCCUCAUCCAGAACCUGGUGCCCACCACAGACUACUACCCUGAGAAAGCCUACGUGUUUACAUUCCUGCUCAGCUCACGGCUCUUCAUCCCCCCCCACGAGCUCCUGGCGCGGGUCUGUGAGCUGUGCAUCAAACAGCAGCAGCUGGAGCAGACGCCCCUGGACGCGGCCAAGGUGAAGAAGUUUGGUCCCAAAAUCCUGCAGCUGUUGACCGAGUGGACAGAGACCUUCCCCUCGGAUUUCCGAGAAGAGAAGAUGGUGGCCCAUCUUAAAGACAUCAUCCACAGGAUAGCCCCUUGUGAUGAGGCGUACAGGAAGAAGCUGAACCUGGUGCUCCAGAAUCUCAGUGCCAAGCUGGCGUCCAUGGCUCAGGGCGACGAGAGCAUCGUCAAGGUCACCACCUCCGUCUCCGACAAACUGGUGGCCUUCAAGACCAAGCCGGCGCCCAUCCAGAAGGACAUGAUCAGCAUCUGCAACGACCCCUUCACUCUGGCCCAGCAGCUCACACACAUCGAGCUGGAGCAUCUGAGUCACAUUGGGCCUGAGGAGUUUGUCCAGGCCUUUAUUCAGAAAGAUCCCCUGGACACCACCCAGCCUUGCUUCAGUGAGCAGAGUAAAUCCUCCUCCAACUUGGAGGCCUAUGUGCGCUGGUUCAACAGACUGUGCUACCUGGUGGCCACAGAGAUCUGCAUGCCUGCCAAGAAGAAGCAGCGUGCCCAGGUCAUUGAGUUCUUCAUAGAUGUGGCUCGGGAGUGCUUCAACAUUGGCAACUUCAACUCCCUCAUGGCUAUCAUAUCUGGCAUGAACAUGAGCCCAGUGUCUCGUCUGAAGAAGACGUGGGCGAAAGCCAAGACGGCAAAGUUCUUCAUACUUGAGCAUCAAAUGGACCCUACUGGCAACUUCUACAACUACAGGACUGCUCUGAGAGGAGCAGCACACCGGUCCCACACAGCGCACAGCAACAGGGAGAAGAUUGUCAUUCCUUUCUUCAGCCUCCUCAUCAAGGAUAUCUACUUCCUGAAUGAGAGCUGUGCCAAUCGUUUGCCCAAUGGGCAUGUCAACUUUGAGAAAUUUGUGGAGCUGGCCAGGCAGGUGGGAGAGUUCAUGGCCUGGAAGCAGGUGGAGUGCCCAUUUGAAGAGGACCGCAGCAUCCUGCACUACCUCCACACUGCACCCAUCUUCAACGAAGAUGGUCUCUAUCUGGCGUCCUAUGAGAGUGAAAGUCCAGAGAAUCAAGUGGAGAAGGACCGCUGGAAAUGUCUCAGGUCCUCCAUUCUUGGGAAGACCUGAGACAGACCUGCAGCUCCCUUUGAUGUGUAAUUUGGAGAGGGUAUUUAUUGCACUAGAAGAAACUGUGAAGGAACUAAGCUGGCUCUUAGAUGUGUUUAUAUAUGUAAUGAAGAACAAACAUACUUCAAUACAAGAACUGAUGAGCCGGAAUCAUCAUCAAAAACGACAUGUCAAAAAUGAGCAGUGAAACAUGAAUUGUAUAGCGAGGGCUGAGAGGCAAAGGGGCGUAAGUGAUAUUUUGGUCAAAAUUGAGUUAUAUAUAUCACCUGAAAGCUCUUGAUGAGCUCUUGCUAACUGACAAAAUUAUAGAAGUAAAAUAUUCAUAAAUAUACAGUUAUUGAACAAAAACCAAAGGUCUUUAACUGUGAACAUAUACUGUAGAAGCAGUUAGAUUUGUUUUGGCUCUCCUGUAAAGUUGGUGAAAUGUCACUUACGCUCCUUUGCUUCUCAGCCCUUGAUAGGCUGUAACUGCUGUUUGAACUGUAGUGUGUGGAAGCAUUUUGUGUGUGGAUGUGUGUCUUUCCAUCAUUAUAUCUUGAGAAUUCUUCAGAAUUUAAAAAGAAAUAUAGUUACAGGGAAAAUGCAGCUUUUAAAACUUUUUAUUGAAAUUAUGAUGUAUUAUUUUUCUGUUAUUUUUAAGGGUCUUUUGAACAAUACUGUAAUCUUGUUGUAACUCAAUUAUUGUCCAGGGCGCUGGUUUGCCCAUGAAGUUGCCUGUGCAUAUUAGACAGGGAACCAUUACAUGCUGUACUGUUUUGAGCAUAUGUGUGCUGACAGGCAAGUGUAUGCCUCUGUGUGUGUGUGUGUGUGUGUGUGUGUGUGUGUGUGUGUGUGUGUGUGUGUGUGUGUGUGUGUGUGUGUGUGUGUGUGUGUGUGUGUGUGUGUGUGUGUGUGUGUGUGUGUGUGUGUGUGUGUGUGUGUGUGUGUGUGUGUGUGUGUGUUCAUUGCACUCAUUAUCUGUACACUGAGUCUCAGAACUGGACAUUAGAGCCAUAAAGACAACAUGAAAAAAAAACCCAUGAAAAGACCACAUGCUACCUGAAGUGACUGAGAACAGGGCAAAUCAUUGAUAUACUCUAUGUUUACGUCAGAAAACAAGCUGUUCUGACUAUUUCACAGCUGAUGUGGCGUCUCUAAUACUCUUAUGUGUGUUUUUUCUGAUGUUUACCUUUUGAAAACAAAAACAAUCAAAUGAAGAGAAACUGUAUAGUGUGUGUAAAGGACUCCCUGCCAAACUUCCUGUGUCCCAGGGACCGCUCUACUCGACUGAUAUUCAGUUGUUUAACAUGUUCAUGAUUCUGUGAUAGCAGAUAUUUGUUUUUAUUAUUUGAGUUAUUUCCUGAAAUGUUGUAGUGUUCUACCAGGAGGUAGUGACAUGCGGUGUGUUUUCAGUGGGCAUUAUGGUUGUACUUGAAAAUUGCAAGCCUUUUACCUUCGCAGUAGAAUCAUGCAUACCAUUCUUAAGCCUUUUUGUAAAUAUAGUUUUUAAUGGUUUAAUGGAUCAUAGUGGCAUUUUUGGUGCAUAAGUUACUGAGUUUAGUUUUAGUCAUACUCCUCUACAGUAUAUGUUCUUCAUCUAAGCGCUCUUUUGAACCAUGACCUUGGUGUGUUUGUGGAACUUUGUUUUUCUGUAAAUAUAUAGUGUGCACAGUUUGGGAUGUGUUUAGUUUCAUCUGAGGAUUAUUUGAAUAGAUAUUUAAGUGAUGUGUUAAUUUAAGCACAUUUUGUGUGCUGUUGUGAAGCCAUGACAUACUUCCUGAAGCAUUUUCCCAACCUCAUCUUCCUCCCAUACAAUCCUCUUUGACAUUGAAGAAGCACUGGAUACAUUGGAGUAAAGCCGCCAUUCUCUUGCACCUGACUAUCACCAUACGUUAUGCAGCGCCCAUACAGCACAGCACAGCACAGCACAGCACAGCACAGCACAGCAAGGCUGCUUUAGUCACAGCAGCUCAUACACUGGUGUCAUCAUCUGCAAGCUGAGCACAUUCUACUGGUGGAUCAUUUAGGACCUUAUUCAUAUUACCAUGCAAGUGUUGAUUUGGAUUUCCAGAAUGAGGUGUAAUUACAGCCCAAAUGUGACGUGUGAAACUUUUGCUCCCUAUCAUGUCAUCAGUGAGAUAUUCAUGAUAUACAACUGAGAGGAGCAUUUGUGCCUGUCCUGCUGAAGUUUUCCACAUACAUUUCUAACCGUUUAUGAAAAAAAGAAUGAAAAAAUAUAUUUGGUGCUAGAAGCUUCUGCUGGCUUCAUUUGGUUCCAUCAACCUUUACUGUCAUGAACAGUCACAGUGCAGGAAUUGUCUCUAGGGAGAUCCGAACAAGCCGGUUCUCAAAAUGAACUUUAAGUCAAACUACUGUAAAUCCUGAAUCAGCAUUCCUGCUACACUUCAUAGUAUGCCUACACAUGUACCUCAUAAGCCUGAAUCUAUAUAGUGAAACCUGUAGUGUUAUGUGAGCUUCAUAUGCAUUAUAAUCAUGCCAUAAUAUUAGAAAACUAAGCCUUUUUUGAGAUGGUUGCAUAACAACUCACAACUUGACAGAAUCCACACACGUCACUGCUGUCCAUAUGAAGAAGUCAGGAACUUCCCCAUUCCUUAUCAGUACUGGUGCCAUGUUUCGUUUAUCUCUCUUGCGCUGUGUUUUAACAGUAUUCGCCUAUCUUCAUUUUUUUUGUGUUGGUUUCUUUGUAUUACUCCUGCUUUGUACAGUAGACUUGAUAUUGAAACUGUCCUUUAAAAUAAAUUGGUUGGGCUGCA